UGCAUCCAGUCCCGGUUCCGACAUCUCUAGCGGACCAAGUUCUCCGGAUACCUCCCCAGAACCUUCUCCGACUCUCUUUACGCCUGCUUUUGCGUACCCCCCUGUCCUUCCACGACCGUCUAACGCGUCGCGGUUCCCACGAAAGAAGGUCAACUCAGCACCUUCACUCCACAACCCUUCGUGUCCUCCCACUCAGUUUCUGAGACGAAGAAGAUCGGCUCCUCGCAUGGCCGAUAGCGACGAUGACGAUAGUCGAGACGAGGAAGACGACGAGAUGAUCUUCAUGUCUCACUCCCCCUCUCAUAUCCCCAACAGGUCUCCCAGCCUGCGUUCUCGCAUCUUUGGCUUCGCAAAUGGAUCUCCAAAAGUGCGGGACAGACUCAUUUGCACAACACCCGGCCAUAUCGGGGCCGGAGAGACAGAAACCGAAGCAGAUGAACCUCCUCAUCGUCUUCCCACGUCACGAAAAAAAUCUCUAUCAAGCCCUCUCGUCCCACCCAAUACACUUCAACAAUCACUUACACCACUGCUCUUCGAAUUUUCUCGGUUGUUGUCUAUCGUUCCUGCAGUUGUUGGUGCCAUCUACAACAUAUAUCUAUUCUCUCAGCCGCCUACUUCCCGUAUCAAUGGACGUGCUCCCCCUGAACGUGUAGACUACUUUAUUUCAGCCCUAUGGGCUAUAUUGACCGGAUGGCAGUGCCUCUGCCUUACAACCGGACUGUUGACCCGGUGGCGCCAUUAUUACCCGCCACUCGCCACACUUAUCCGCCUCCUCGCACUCCAAGCGAUCUGCUGGCCUGCAACCCAUCUGACGCUUUCCAUCCUGGAGCACGAUAAACGACCCGUUAUCGUAUGGGCUAUUGUCGGCACCACCACCUGUGCGAGCAGGAGUGUGCAGAUUUGGGUCACGAGUAAUCUUUGGCAGGAACCAAAAAAGGACGGCCCUGUCGUCAAUGGGAAAAGUCAUCCCGAGGAGAGUAGGAGCCUGAGAUGGCGCGGGGGAAAAUGGGGCGGGCGCAGGUGGGAUUGGACAGCGGUCGGUGUGAGGUGCAUGUUGCCGGCCGGAGUGCUUUAUUUUCUGAUGGCAUGGGCUGAGCAAUUGAGAAGGGAGUGGUCUGGAUGCUAAUUCAGUUGCUUUACCCCCCUUCUGAUGUAUAUCGGGUUUCUUUCUGCUUCCACUUUUUACUUUCAUUAUUGCUGCUGUCUCAAAAAGUUUUUAGGAGCUUAUAUCAUAGAUUCAGGAUACGCAUUUGUUGUCUGCCAAUAGAAACGCGCAGAUCUUUUACAGUCAUGCCUGACGAACCUAAUGGUGGUAGAUAUCUCGUUCAAUGUACGGGAGCUAGCAUUUUCGAAUUGAAGUUCAGGUUCAUCAUGCCC